AUGAAAGGAUUCGAAAUCGGCUCUCACGUUGGCGACAAAUCGUUGGAUCACUCCGAUUUUUGGCCGCUUUAUAAGGUCUGCGAAGAGCUCUCGGUGGUGCUAUUCGUGCACCCAUGGGAUAUGCACAUGUGGGAUGGACGUCUUCAGAAGUAUUGGAUGCCAUGGUUGGUAGGAAUGCCAUCCGAGACCGCUCAAGCGAUUUGUUCGGUUCUAAUGGGCAAUAUUUUGGUGAUGUUCCCAAAACUUCGGUUCUGUUUCGCUCACGGCGGCGGUUCGUACCCAAUUAUUCGUGGCCGAGUUUCUCACGGAUGGAAUGUUAGGCCAGAUUUAUGUGCCAUGGAUUGCCACGUGUCACCGAAUCAGCUGGACGGGUUGUUGUGGACGGAUUCGUUGGUGCACGAUGCGGCGGCACUCGAAUUGCUGAUUAGUACUGUGGGGAAGAAUCACAUCGUCCUCGGAACCGACUAUCCAUUCCCAUUGGGCGAGUUGGAGGUUGGAAAAGUUGUGGAGGAAUACGAGCCGUUUUCCGCGUUGGAUCGUGAUAAUUUGUUGUGGAAAAACGCGAUUAGAAUGCUAGAUUUGGAUGAGAACACUCUUUUUGAUAAGAAUUUCUAA